AUGUUUGAAGACUUCUCUUUCUCAUCCCCCUCGUCCACCAAGCCACCCCGCCUGGCGUUCGAUGGGGAUGACAAUCUCAUGGUCGACUGCGACAGCAGCCUGAUCUCUCCUCUAUCCUCCCGAUGUCCUUCGCCUCGUUCCACCGCGACACACCGGAUUCCGAGAUCAUUGCCUCGCUCGCGGUCCUCCUACUUCCGUUCCGCUCAGCCCCCCACCUCCGUUCCCUUCUCUGCGUAUGACGACCAUCAGAAGCGUCUCUCAAUCAGCACCUUGACAAGAAAAUUGCAUGAACACACCAUCAAGACCUCAAACAAUGAGACGCAGAUCGGCAGACCCGCCACCCCAACGUCGCCCCCGUCCGUCGACAUGGCCGGCCGAUUCCCGGGAUAUUUCUUGACCCCUCCAGACACAGACCACGAUGACGAGGGUUCCUUGGACUCUCCAUCGCUCACCUCGGGCUCUCUCUCGCCUCAGCCUCAGUCUCCCUUCCUGAGUCCAACAUCCGUCCCAUGUGAUCUCUUUCCGCAAACCGCGGACAUGGACCCUCUAUCCCACGCUCAGGAUAGUUGGAACGUUCGCGCCCAGCGCCAGAACAUCUCCCGUCUCCAAUGCAACCACUCCGAGUUAGAAGCCAUUCGCCGGGCCCUCAUCUCCGACGAUGAGAAGCUGACUACCACAUUCGACCCAGACGCCUGCCACCCCAGCUCUAUCCCUCCGCAAAAGUCCCCCCGCCGAAGAGCGGCCACCCUCCAGCGGAGCCGGUUCCGCCCCCAGUUAGGCCCUAGCCUUUUGGACCCUCCCUCCUCCGACUCCAAGGGGCGGAGAAUGAGCAGUGUCAUCCCCGUACAGGCGUCUCGCAUUGAGAAGAGCUACCAUUCAUCUUCGCGGGAUCUGCGGAAGAAGAGUGAGCAGGGACUGAGACGCAAGAGUCUUGUCAGCGCUGCAUUGGCGUCGAUGGUGGAGAAGGAAUGUUAA